GCUUGUUUUAGACCCCCGGCGGGGAGGGCGGGGCCCGGGGCGAGAAGGGGUGGGCUCCGGGGGGCCGGCGGGGAGCCGCCGCUCGGCGUUUGACGGGGUUCCCUCCCGCCUGCGCCCUACCAGCCUGACCGACGCCAGCCUGACGGACCCCUGACUCACCAUGGAGUCCACGCUGAUCGCGGGCAUCGCGAUGGCCGAAGCGCUGCAGAACCGGCUCCCCGGGCUAGAGAACAUGUGGCUCUGGGUCACCUUUCUGGGCGAUCCCAAGAACCUCUUCAUAUUCUUCUUCCCCGCGGCCUACUACGCCUCCCGCCGACUGGGCAUCUCCGUGCUCUGGAUCACCUUCAUUACUGAGUGGCUCAACCUCAUCUUCAAGUGGUUUCUGUUUGGACACAGGCCCUUUUGGUGGGUGCACGAAUCUGGGUACUCCAGCCAGACUCCAAUCCAGGUUCAUCAGUUCCCCUCUUCUUGUGAGGCCGGUCCAGGCAGCCCUUCUGGCCACUGCAUGGUCACCGGAGCCGCUCUCUGGCCCAUAAUGACAGCCAUUUCUUCUCAGGUGGCCUCUCGGUCCCACAGCCCCUGGGUAAGGGCGAUUCCUAGCCUGGCUUAUUGCACCUUCCUAUUGGCUGUCGGCCUAUCUCGGGUCUUCCUCUUGGCACAUUUCCCUCACCAGGUGUUGGCGGGCCUUAUAAGUGGUGCUGCCCUUGGGUGGCUGAUGGCCCCCCGGGUGCCCAUGGAACGGGAACUUAGUUUCUAUGGGUUGACUGCUCUGGCCCUCAUGCUGGGUGCCAGCCUCAUGUAUUGGACUCUCUUUACAUUAGGCCUGGAUCUUUCCUGGUCCGUCAACCUGGCUUUCAAGUGGUGUGAGCGGCCCGAGUGGGUGCGUUUGGACAGUCGGCCCUUUGCCUCACUGAGCCGGGACUCGGGAGCUGCCCUGGGUCUUGGCAUUGCCCUACACUCUCCCUGUUAUGCCCAGAUACGGCGGGCACACCUAGGAAAUGGUCAGAAGAUAGCAUGCUUUAUGCUGGCGAUGGGGCUGCUGGUCAUCCUGGAAUGGCUGGGCCACCCACCUCAGAUCAGCCUCUUCUACAUCUUCAACUUCCUCAAAUACACACUCUGGCCCUGCCUGGUCUUGGCCCUGGUGCCCUGGGUGGUGCACACCUUCAGUGCCCAGGAGGCACCACCCGUUCGCUCCUCUUGAUGUCUCCUGCCUCCUGCCAUUCUCUUGCCCAACACUCCUUGACCACCAUACUCUAAGAGGCAGUCUUUCCCUGGGCUCCAAAGCAGGCCCGGAUCACACUGAACAUCUUUUCUGUCUCGUGUCCUGCAGUGUUAGCCCCCUUUAAAGAAGGACCUGUUUCCCAAGGAGGCUGUCUCCUGCCUGCCUUCCCCCAGGGUCCCCACAAAGCAAAAACAGCAGCAGGCGAGGUGGGGAUGGGGAGCUGGGUUCCUGACACUGACAAACAGCUCAGGAAGGUCCCAAUAAAGCUCUUGAAACUUCUGGA